CCUGACGUCGUGGGCAACCUCUCGUUUUAUCUCUCUCGGCUCUGCUGACAGGAAGCACUCGAGUAUGCAUUCCCCCACCCAAAAAUAGAAGCCAAGGUUGGAUGCGGAGGAUCAAGACAGCAACAAUGGCAAAGAAAUUACUCUUUUUUGCUUUCCCAUCCCUGUCCCGUAUCAUGCUCCUGCGGGCGCUCCUAGAUUGGUGGCGGCCCAAUUAUUAUUUUCCGGGGAAAUUGGUUCGCGGCCGCCAAGUUUCGCAGAGGCAUCCAGAUCCAGCCACAAGGACCAAUCUUGUGUCACAGAACUGUAUCACAAUUUCAAUUUUGGGCCAACAUUUGGGUCUAAUAAACAUUGAUUAACGUCCAACUCGAGGUGACAAGUACCUGCAGGGGAGGAAUCUAUUAGCCUCUGUGCAAUCCUUGAGGCAGCUGUCGUGAUCCCUAUUAGGGGAGGUAGCAAUGGCUAGUUAAUUUGGUUAUCGAUUGAGCUGUGCAAGCAAGCAAAUACUAUAGGAUUAUUGCAAGAUGAGGUGGCCGAGGAGCAAAUUCAGAUGGCUCCUCAGCGCAUGCCUCAUUUGUCUUCUGCUGCAGCUCGUUGGUGCGAUCAGGACAAGCUUGUUCUGGCCACCAGCUUGCCUGCCGUCUCCUGCAAUCCCAAUAGAAGAAGAUGAACCGGUGGAACAACUUUGGCGCAGUUGUGCUCUAGACUUGAGAAUUCCUCAAGAUGUUAGAAACAAGUCCCAUUAUAGCCUUCUAUUCAACACCAUCAGCAACUCAUAUAGAAAAAAUGAUAAGAAGUCCUCUCCUCAAAAGAUCAGUAUUGGGGAAGCAAUCACUGCAACCUUAUCACCUGCAGAAGUUGCCAAUACUUUUCUGGACUGCUUAAACAAGCAUAAUUUCCCUUUCUCCGAUCAUGGGCUGCAGAAGCAGCAGGAGGAAACCAGAAGUUUGCUUCCCAACACUAGCAGCGUCAACCUGCCUUUUGCAAUGAAAAGAAGACGUCUACUUGAAGAAGAUUCAGCCAUUGCUCCACCCCAACCUAAAGCGAAACGGGCAAUAAGAAAUGUUUUGUCUUCUGAACCAGAGGCUCACCCGCUAGUUGCUACUGUGAAAAAGUCUGGUAAAACAGAGCCCAAACACAAGAGCAAGGACAACAGUGGCACUAUCAUCGCUGGUUUGUCAGUGGCUUGUGUAGCGUUGGUGGCUCUUAUAGGUCUGUGCUGCUGUGCUUGUCGUGGUAGUGAAGAUCCAGAAUCGUCAUACGAUGACAAACCGCUGCUGAGUUUGAAUAUGAGUGAUUUAUCAGGGUCUUCGCGUAAAUCAUGCUCUACCCCAAUUGAUGUCAACAGGUUGGGGGCAUUGUCAAUCAAUUCAUCAGAGACCAAUUCAUCAGAGCCCCAGCGUAAAGAAUUUAAAAUGCCUCCUAUAAAGGCAGCAGUUAGAGAAAUGUCAAUGAAGUCAGAGUUUGAGCGACGCAGCAAUGUGCAGGCGAUGAAGCUAAGCUCUCAUGAAAUAACCACCAUUGCUGGACGUCCGGCAGCCUUUACUAAUUCUCAGGAUGUGAAACCUGCUGCUGUUCCUUCUAGUAAUGCCAGCGAAAGCGCUGGUGAACCUGCAGCUGGUCCAGCACCACCACCACCACCACCACCUCCAGGUCCUCCUCUCCCAAAGCCUCCUGCACCGCCAUCUGCACCAGCACCACCUGCACCAGCACCAUCUGCGCCAGCACCAUCUGCACCAGCACCACCAGCACCACCUCCUCCAAAGAUGCCUACAGCUGCUGGUUCGAGCAAUCCACCUCCACCAGGACCACCACCGCCUCCUGCUCCAAGCCCUGCAGCCGGACCAGGACCUCCACCACCGCCAAGUAGAGCUGGACCCGGACCUCCACCACCGCCAGGUAGAGCUGGAGCUGGACCGCCACCACCAGCAAUGCCUGGUGGUCCAAAAGCGCGUGGGCCGCCACCGUUGAAGAAGGCAGGGAAUGUUGCAGGUCCUCCCGUAGACAAUAAAACAAAGCUGAAGCCAUUCUUCUGGGAUAAAGUUACUGCAAAUCCAGAUCAAGCAAUGGUGUGGGAUCAAAUUAAAGCAGGAUCCUUCCAGUUUAAUGAGGCGGAGAUCGAGAGCCUUUUUGGUUGUCACGCUAUUGACAAGAAAAAUGCUGACGGCAAAAAGGAUUUAGCAGCAAAGGAUACCCCUCAAUUAGUAAGGAUACUCGACGCUAAAAAGGCACAGAACUUAGCAAUAUCACUGAAGGCAUUGAGUGUUUCAGCUGAAGAAGUACGUAAUGCAGUUAUGGAAGGGCAUGAACUCCCCAUUGAUCUGAUACAAACCUUGAUAAGGUGGACUCCAACCAGCGAUGAGGAGCUAAGGCUUCGGCUGUACACUGGAGAGCUCACUCAACUGGGUCCUGCGGAACAAUUCUUGAGGACCAUCAUUGACAUACCUUACCUCUACCAGCGCCUGGAUGUGUUGCUUUUCAUGACCACUUUACCGGAAGAAGCUGCAAAUGCAGAACAGUCAUUUAAAACGCUGGAGGUGGCCUGCCAUGAGCUUCGGAACAGCCGUCUAUUCAAGAAGCUGCUAGAGGCUGUACUCAAGACUGGCAACAGAAUGAAUGAUGGCACCUUUCGAGGCGGGGCCCAGGCAUUCAAGCUGGACACCCUCCUGAAGCUCUCAGACGUGAAGGGGGUCGAUGGCAAGACGACACUGCUUCACUUUGUUGUCCAGGAGAUCAUUCGCUCAGAGGGCGUGCGUGCCGUGCGGGCUGCCAAAGAGCAGAGCAACAGCAGCAUGUCCAGCGUGAUUUCUGAUGACCUCACUGAGGACGUCAGCGACGACACAGAGCACUACAAGCAGCUAGGCCUGGGUGUCGUUUCCAGCCUGGGAGAUGACCUACAAAAUGUGCGGAAGGCAGCAAUCCUGGACGCUGAUGCGCUGACCAUCUCGGUGGCCAGCCUGGGGCACAAGUUGGUGAAGGCAAAUGAGUUCUUGAACACGGGCAUGAAGAGCUUAGACGAGGACAGUGGGUUCCAUCGCAAGCUUGCCCAGUUCAUUGAGCAGUCUCAGGUGCGUGUGACCCAGCUUCUGGAGGAGGAAAAGAAGCUACGGGCGCUGGUACGCACUACUGUGGACUACUUCCACGGGAGCACAGGGAAAGAUGAGGGCCUGCGGUUGUUUGUCAUCGUCCGCGACUUCCUGGGAAUCCUGGACAAGGUUUGCAGAGAGGUGAAAGAGGCAGCUGCCAAGGCUGCUGCUAAUAACAAGAAACCUUCAGCAGCAGGAUCAGGAUCAAGAGGAAGGCAACCGUCGCAGUCGUCUUCGUCUUUCCGCGAUCCUCGACAGCAACUGAUGCCCGCAAUUAAAGAUCGGAGGAGUGCUGCGGCACGCAGCUCUAGUUCCUCUUCUGAUUCUGACUGAUGACUGACAGCUAAGGAUUUGUGCAGACCACACCGGAUUGAUGGGAUGAUAUGGGAGCACAGCAGGUAGAAGAGUUAGCGGCUAUCUAGUUAUGAAUUGACUCGCUUACAGCAGAAUGAAAAGAGUUAGGGACACUAUGUCCUGGUAGGUUAAUUUAGUACACACAUGAUCUCAGGCUCUCAGCUUUCGCCUCAGUAAAUAUUUUUUUAUGCAAUUAUACAUCCUAGAUAUAUGUACAAAGAUCGUUCAAGAAUAAAUGUUAUAUAUCUCUUCUUAUUCUGUU